GAGUUUCACUCUCAUCACCCAGGUUGGAAUGCAAUGACACGAUCUUGGCUCACUGCAACCUCCGCCUCCCAGGUUCAAGUGAUUCUUUCAUAUCAGCCUCCAGAGUAACUGGGAUUACAGGUGUCCACCACCACACCCGGCUAAUUUUUUGUAUUUUUAGUAGAAAUGGUGUUUCACCAUGUCAGCCAAGCUAGUCUGGAACUCCCGACCUCAGGUGAUCCGCCUGCCUUGGCAUCCCAAAGUGCUGAGAUUACAGGCAUGAGCCACCAGGCCUGGCCAAACUUUCCUUUUAAAAAAAGGUAUUACCAACAAGAACUAAGUAUUCUGGAAGAUGGAUGCUUAGGCCAUUCAGUGUCACUAAGCUGGGUGACAGAGAUAAUAUUUUUGACACUUUGCAGAGCUUAUUGUUUUCUCUGCAAAAAAAAAAAAGCUAUGAUAGUCACAUAAUAAACAUGUAGAGAGCUUUAACAUACUUCAAUGUUAAGUCUUCUGACAGCUGUAUAACUGGUCUUACUUGAACCGGUCUUUUCAUAAUGCUACCUUGCCUUUCACAUCAAUUCUGUGAGCCCAAGCAGGAAUGAAAAUUACCUAUUUCUAAAGGCAGGACAGAAGGGAGUGGUGGUAAAGGUUAUUGGAGGUUAUUAGGUGGAAUAAAUGAAGAGCUGGUACUACUUCUAAACACUGCCAGGUCCUGACAUAUCUUGUGUUCUUAUUUCUAAUAUGGGAGUAAAAGUAAGGUAUUUUAACAUUAAGUGAGGAUGACACUAGAUGGUUGUAAAAGCCCUGCACCCUAACUUCUAAACUCUAAAAUAUUCAAAUAUUGUUAGGUUUCAAUGAAAUCCUACAGUAGUCCCUUACUUGGAAUCACUGCAGGAUUGGUUCCAGCAAUGGGCAACACAGGGUUUGGUUCUAUACAGUGAGAAUGGGUCAAAGAAAACACUAUGGUUGAAAAUUGUCGUGUUCCUCCUUAUAAAGCUCAUACCAACGUAAAGAGUAAGGAACUAUAAAAAAAAAAACCUUCAGGGAAGAAUAUAAAUACCCCCACAGGUGGUCCAUGGAGCAAAGUAUAAUUCCAAGUCAGAAAUUUCACUUAGCCAGGUAAGGCAUUUAAGGGAAGAGGAAUCUAGGCUGGGGCUCUACUAGCCAGACACAGAUAAAUUACUACAGGCAAACAUGUUUUUGAAGCUAUUCUUUAUGAAGAUGGGAAACUCACCUUACCAUCUAUAUCCUUUCUGUUUUUGACAGGUGUUGGGAAUGGAUGUUUGGUGCCACAAAGAAAAAUGAGCACUGAGACAAAGGAUUUUUUAGCAAGGCCUUUUUACUUCCUGGACUGCAGGAAGAGUACCCUAGCUAGCUAGGCAAUGUGCCACAAGAGUACAAUGAACAAAGGAAAACAGACACAUUUAUUCCUUACGCAUUUGGGGUUGUCCUUACUACUAUGUCUGAUCUCCAUUGGCUGGAGCCACACCUCACAAUCUAAACUAAAACCCGAUUGGCUAAUAAGUUAAAACUUUUCUAAACAGGUAAAAGCUAUGGAGAGCUGGGACAUGCCUGUGAGCACAGAUAUCUUGGUUAAAGUACAAGGACAUAGAAUGUACUACGUACUUGUAAGCAUGCACGUUUAACACAGGAUAGGGCUUAACAAAUUUAUUAGUACACUUAUUCUUUAACAAGAAAGGAAACGGAUUAAGAAGAAACUUUUCUACUUCCUACAACAGGGGUGUUCGUGGGCUGGCUAGAUCUUUACUCUGACCGGUACCAUACAGGUCUCUGGUUCUCAAACCUGGCUGCACAAUACAGCACUUUAAACCUGAUACCCAGUCCCAUCCUCAGAGAUGCUGAUUGAAUUUGUCUAAGGUACAGCUUGGGCCUCUGGAUUAAAAAAAAAAAACUCCCCACGUAAUUCUUAUGUGUGGCCAGUCUUGCAAACCUUAAGCUAUUUAUUCUUAAGGGUUUGUAAUAAGCCUUCCUCUUAAAACCCACCCCACCACCAUUCAGCUUUUUCGGGUCUGUCUGUUGUUACCUCACCCCUUCCCGACCCCUCCCCUCACCUCCCAAACAGACACACCGGUGAAUUUCUCUCUACAGUCAGGCUGGGAGUAAUCCCACAGAGAUGUCUUUGAUAAAUAAGGAGAACCCGAUGAAGAAAGUUAACUCCCACCCAAACAAGGUGUGAGCAAUGCUCACUCCCUGCUCUGUUACUCAACCUGUUUCUCUGUUUUCACAUUAGAGAAUGUCCUAGGAGGUAACGCACUGCCUCCCUAGUUAUUUCCCCACCCUCGUGCUGGCCUUUGAACAGACCUCCCAGGAGAAGGCCCACGAUGCCGGGAGGGCACCGCGUCUCAGCCCCGGAACCCCACUGCACCUGCAGCUCGACUUGGCAGCACUCAAGCGCGCGGAUGCUCCGCUUAGACGAACUCUGGUUGGGGAGGCUAGGCCAGCGGUCUGUAUCCUGCCGUACACGGGCACCCCUCCCCCUCUCCCGUUCCCACCCCGUCUGUGUUUACGUAGCAAGAAGAUAUUUACGUUUGCAGAAGGCAGGUCAUCGCAGGCCCCACCCAGCAGUGGAGAGAGUGAGUCUCAGCGGGGGUUGCCGGAGAGCUCCUUCUCCCUUCCAGUGCUCUCGUCCCCUAGUCUAGGGCCCCCAGGGGCAGAGGACGCCGCGCACCUCUGACCUCAACAAACCCCUGCUCCACCCGUCUUCUUUGUCCCACCCGUGGUGAUACGGAGCCUGGGCCCAGGCCCCGCCCAUAGCGCUCAUUUAAGUGGUAUUGCGGAGCCACGAGGCGCUGCUGCUGCUCACUGCAACUGGCUCGAGCCGCUCUGUGUUGCUGCGAAGUGGUGGAGUCUCCUGUCCUGACCCCGCGCGCCAUGACUGUCGCGCAGCCGAGCGUGCCUGCGGCGCGGCGCCUCCUCGGGGGGCUGCCCUGGCUGCUGCUGCUGCUGUGCCUGCCGGCCGUGCGGGGUGACUGUGGCCUUCCCCCAGAUGUACCUAAUGCCCAGCCAGCUUUGGGAAACCGUACAAGCUUCCCCAAGGACACCGUAGUGACGUACAAAUGUAAUGAAAGCUAUGUAAAAAUUCCUGGCUCGAAGGACUCAGUGAUCUGCCGUCAGGACGGUCAAUGGACAGAUAUUGAAGAGUUCUGCAAUCGUAGCUGCAAUGCACCACCCAGACUAAGUUUUGCAGCCCUCACACCGGCUUAUAUCAGUCAGAAUUAUUUUCCAGUCGGUACUGUUAUAGAAUAUGACUGCCGUCCAGGUUACAGAAGAGACCCUUCUUUAUCAAGAAAAGUAACUUGCCUUCAGAAUUUAAAAUGGUCCACAGUACCUGAAUUUUGUAAAAAGCGAUCGUGCCCUAAUCCUGGAGAACUAGUAAAUGGUCACAUUGACAUACCAGAUGGCACAUUAUUUGGUGCUUCCAUCACCUGCUCAUGUAACACAGGGUACAAAUUAUAUGGCGAGGCUACUAUUCUUUGUCUUGUCUCAGGCAACUCUGUUCAGUGGAGUGACCCAUUGCCAGAGUGCAGAGAAAUUUAUUGUCCAGCACCACCAAGCAUUGACAAUGGAAUAAUUGAAGGGGAACGUGAACAUUAUGGAUAUAGACAGUCUGUAACGUAUUUGUGUAAUAGAGGAUUCACCAUGAUUGGAGACGCCUCCAUUUAUUGUACUGUGAAUGGUGAAGAAGGAGAAUGGAGUGGCCCACCACCUGUAUGCACAGGAAAAUCUGUAACUUCCACAGCCCCACCAACAGUUCAGAAAUCUACCACAGUAAAUGUUCCAACUACAGAAGCUUCAUCAACUUCUCAGGAAACUUCAACUUCUCAGGAAACUUCAACUUCUCAUAAAACUGCUCAGAAAACUACCACAGCAAAUGCUCAAGCAACACAGAGUACACCUGUUUCUAGGACAACCACGCAUUCUCAUGAAACAACCUCAAGUAAAGGAAGUGGAACCGGUUCAGGUACUACCAUUCUUCUAUCUGGGACAUAUACAUCAAGGUCAUUAUGAAAAUGAUGACACAUGAGGAGGUGGUGUGUUUGAAGAGAGGAAGAGAAGGAAAGGACUAGAGACAUUUAGUAAAUUAUCAGGCAAUGUGAAAGGCCCAGUUGAGGUAAGUGCUCCUGAAUUUUGAGUGCAAUCAACAAGCUUGGUUCUGAGUUUUUCUGCAGUCAUAUGUAGCUUUCUAGAUACAGUCUCAGAAAAAAGCAGUUCCUCAGAUUUAAUCGUGAGUGGGUGUUCCCAGGUGAAUUUGAUGACGUGAGUUGAGCAUGUGCAUAAGGGAGUGAUUAAAAUGAUGGACCACAGAAUUUAAGCUAUGUGAGAAGGGAAGUGAAGACCUAUGAGUGGUAAGAAACAAUGAGUGACAGGAUCAGUAUUUUGUAGGCCUCAAUGGAGCCAUGUCAUCGUUACUUGGGGUGCUAUUUAGAGUGAACUGGAAUGGUAAUAUGCAGUAGUGAGAACUAAGAAUGCCUCAAUUGAGAGUAAAACAGAAUUGGUGACCAGAGGACAAAGCUGUCUACAAAUACAGUUCCCCUUCAUUUUGGGCACAAAGUUAGACACAUUUCCUGCCACCCUUGCAGUUAAGUGUGGACAUAGGACUGAGUUCUGGCCAAAGGAACAUGAUCAGAGAUGUGUGGCAUUUCUAGGUCUGGCCCUAAAACAUUCCCAUAUGCAAUCCUCCUUAACUCUUUCCCUACACUGAGCUGAUGAAGGUGAGUGCAGCAACCUAAUAAUUCACAUGCUAAAGAUAACCACAAAAAGGAAGGAGCUUGAGUCAGUGCUUUGAGGAGAGCUGUCUGCUGAUCAGGACCACCCACUUUAAACUUCAUGUGAAGAAGAAAUAAACUGUCAUACAUGAGUUCUAACAUCUUUGAGAUUGAUGUGUUAUGUUAUUGUAGUUGACAUUAAACUAAAGCCUUCUAGAUUUUCAUGAUGCAAGGAUUUAGACAGAACUAUGGUGUGAGAAGUUGAAGUAAAAUGGUGGACAAAAGUAUUGGGGUAGAGGAGACCAUGGAACAUCUUAAUUGAUACUGAAAUCAAGAAGCAUCUUGUGUUAGAGAGUGUUACUUGCCAGGGACUAAAAUCUUCAAGAAAUGAGAUAGAGUGGUUUGUAUAUCUGAAGAUGACUGCAAACAAGAAGAUAGCAGGUGCUACAUUCUGAUGACAUGUGACUCGAAGGAAAGGUUUUGUGGAAAGGAAGGGGGAUUGGCCUACAAAUAGCAAUGAUCAAUCAAAUAGGGCACCAGCUUUACCUCUAUGCUUGGUAGUAUGUGGAGUGAAAGAGCAGUGACAGAGAUUUUUGCCUACCAGAGAUUUGUGUGGACAUUCAAACCCACUGUAUGAUCUUCCACUCCUUGUUAUUGCAAUCCCCCUACUUUCUGGUCACCUCUCUCUGUCUGCUGAGGGCUUUGGAACCUGGCUCAGUGUCUCCCAGCCAUCCUACAAUCUGGUAUUAUCCGUAAUUACUUCACAUUGACAAGGAUGACUCCUUAUAACACACCCAUGCCUCUGGUUUUAUUGACCUUUUGAUUUCUAAUAACCUCCUUCACUUUACCUGAGUCACUCAUCUCCAUGGAACCUUCUUAAAUCACUAAUUCAGGCAUAUUUUUUGGCUCAAUAUAAUCUUUUCAGCUUUGUAGUUUAGUUACCCCAGUGUGUUCAUCAACUCUCCACUUUCUUCCUAUUUAUAAGUCUCCUACUGUGAUAGAUAUUUUGUUUUCUCAUCCAGAAGCACACUCUAGCAUACACCAACUUGCUGUGACCUGAGGCUGACCUAUAAUGGAAGCUGUGGAGGGGAGAGGAGUUGCAUUCCUUCUAAUUCUUGUUUUGUUUCAAAACACUCCACAACUUUUUUUUUCUACCGUUCUAUUAUCAAAGGAUGGCUCUCCUUCCCUUUUGCCCUCCUCUUUCAGAAGCUACACUUUCAAAGGCUAUCAACUCAGAUCACAUUAUAUUUAUGCCCCUUUCCUAAAGGUAGUGCAUGUAGUUAGUGCUCUGGUCUACAAGGACACCUUUUCAGCAUUUUCAUUUACAGCAGACUCUUACUUUCUGGCAGUGGUUCCGGAGCAAUCUGAGGACUGUGUUAGGACAGCUUUUUUCUCUUUCAUAAAGUCUUUCCAUAGACUACCCUUGCUGACCACAGAGGCUUCUAGGAGCAGUGUGAAAGACUGCUGGAUUGUUUUUGUUUUGUUUGUUUUCUUAUAGGCAAUUUGAAGUUGGUGCUUUGUCUUCUAGUUAUGUUGACAGUGUGGUUUUUGUAUGACCACACUUUCUGUUGGGGUGGCUGUAGAAAAUUAGAUGUUUUUAUAUGUUAUUGAUGGGAAUGCAAACUCGUACAGCCAUUUUAUAAGGGAAUUUUCCAGUAUCUAAAAAAAUAUACAUAUGUAUUUACCCUUUGACCUACCAAUCUCACAUCUAGAAAUGAACUCUGAAGCUAUACCUUCAAUAAUAUGAAAAUAUACAGGUAUAAGAUUACUCAUCAGAACAUUAUCAUAGCAAAAGACUGGAAACCAUCUAAAUGCUCAUAUGUAGAACUUGCUGAAUAAGCUAUGUUAUAUCCAAACAGUGGAGUACUAUGCAGCUAUGAAAAAGAAUGGGGAAUACUAUGAAGUAUUAUGAAAUAUUUCUAGUAUAUAUUAUUUAUUUAUUUAUUUAUUUCGGUAGAGAUGGGGUUUCUCCAUGUUGGUCAGGCUGGUCUUGAACUCCCAACCUCAGGUGAUCUGCCAGCCUCAGCCUCCCAAAGUGCUGGGAUUACAGGAGUGAGCCACCAUGCCCAGUCUCAGGAUAAUAUAUUAUUAAGUGAAAAAAGUAAAGUACGAAAGACUAUGGUAUGCUCCUUCUCAUGUAAAAAAGAAAUAGAUACAUGUCCUCUUUGUGCAAAAGGAAACAUAGGAAGGAUAAACUAGAAACAAUGAGAUAGUUAUAUACAAGGUAUGAGUGGAAACAAUGGGGAAGAUGGGAAUUGUUUUUGUUUUGUCUCACAUAUUACAAAGCCAAGUAAAUAUAAGGAAUGAAAAUAGGAAGGGAGGGGAGAGAAGAAAUUACAACAGAAUACAAACACAACAAAUGAACCUUGUUAUUACUAUUAUUAUAAUUUUUUGAGAUGGAAUCUCACUCUGUCAUCCAGGCUGGAGUCCAGUGGUACAAUCUCAACUCACCAUAACCUCCACCUCCCAGGUUCAAGCAAUUCUCCUGCCUAAGCCUCCCAAGUAGCUGGGAUUACAGGCACGUGCCACCAUAUCCAGCUCAUUUUUAUAUUUUUAGUAGAGAUGGAGUUUUACCCUGUUGGCAAAGCUGGUCUCAAACUCCUGACCUCAAGUAUUCUACCUGCCUCGGCUGCCAAAGUGUUGGAUUUUACAGGCGUGGACCACCACACCCGGCCUCUUACUGUAUUUCAAAUGAAUAACUUGACCACAGUUAAGAGGGAGCUGUGAGGUAGAAUUGAAUUAACCUUGGAACACAGUAUUUUGAUUAUACAACCGAGGGCUAAAUAAAAAUAAUAUGAACAAGUGUUGGAUUCUGUCCAGUAGGUUCGUUUUUCAUAGUAAUAUAGCUUAGCAAUUUCAACACUACUUUAUGUGCAUUCGAAGGUGGGGUAGAUAAGCAAAUAUAUUGCAAAUAAUGAGUCAGGUUUCUCACUGUUGAAGGGAAUUACAAAUAAGGGAACACUAGCACAGAGUCUGUGGUAUUUGUAAUUUGAGUUACCAGUAUAAACUCAUGAUUUUGAACAUAAAAACAUACACAGAGAAACACACCCCCCCACACACACACACGAGUGUGCAUAUCUGUAUUAGGUUCUCCAAAGAAACAGACCAAUAAGAUUAUAUAUAUAUAUAUAGACAUAGGAAGAGAUUUAUUAUGGAAAUUGGCUCAGGCAAUUAUGGAGACCUAGAAGUCCCAUGAUAUUGCCAUCUUCAAGCUGGAAUACCAGGAAAGCUGGUGGUGCAAUUCUGAGACUGAAGUCUUGAGAACCAGGGGAGUCGAUGGUGUAACUCCCAAUCUAGGGCUUAAGGCCCAAGGACCAGGGGCUGCUGGUGUGCAGAUACAAGUCCUGGAGUUCAAAGGAUUGAGAAGCAGGAGUUCUGAUGUCUGAGGGCAGUAGAAGAUGGACGUUCCAGCUCAAGAAGAGAAGGUAAGAAUUCGUCCUUCCUCCACUUUUUUGUUCUAUUCAGGUGAGCCCUCAAUGGACUGAAUGAUGCUCACCCACAAUGCGAGGGCUGGUCUUCUUUACUCAAUCCACUGACUUAAGUGCUCGUCUCUUCUGCAAACACCUUCACAGACAUACCCAGAAAUAAUGUUCUACCAGCCAUGGGCCUGUCACUUAACCCAGUCAGGCUGACACAAAAAAUUAGCUAUCACAACAUCUGUGUGUGUAUAUGCAUGUAUGUUGUGGCUGUGUGGAUAUAUACACAUACAUAUACAUUAUAUAUAAACUAUUUCAAUAUAUUUUGCAUGUUAAUGUAAAAUAUAUUAAUAUACAUUAUAUGUAAUAUAUAAAUUAUAUACUUAUAACUGUUUUGUGUUGUGUAUAUUAUAUAUGCUAUAUGUAUUAUAUACUUUUUGCAUAUACUUAUAUAAAUAUAUAUAUAAUAUGUCUUCUUGGAAAAGCCUACAAACAGACCCCAGAUUCAGAUUUUUUUUUUUUUUUUUGAGGCAGUCUCACUUUAUCACCCAGGCAGGAGUGUGGUGGCAUGGUCUUGGCUCACUGUAAUCUGCCUCCUGGGUUCAAGCAAUUCUCCAGCCUCAGCCGUCAGAGUAGCUGGGAUUACAGGCACACACCACUACGCCUGGAUAAUUUUUGUAUUCGGAUCCAGAUUUCUAAAUACCUUUCUCCAGUUAAAAAAAAAAAAGGAGGCCGGAGCGGCCAAGAUGUCACAGCCCAAGAAAAGAAAGCUUGAGUCUCGGGGGUGGUGGCGAAGGAGGGGAGGGAACUGAAGAGGAAGAUGGCGCAGAGCUGGAAGCGGCCCGGAGCGACCCGGGAGGACUAAGCAGCUGUACUACCAGUGCUACUCGGACGUUUGCGUCCAGGAGGAGAUGAUCGCAGACCGCGUCCUCGCCGAUGCCUACCCUCUGGACCUCCUGCGGAACUGCGCAGCACUGCAAAGCAAAACGGUACUGGACAUGGGCGCGAACAGCGGCCUUCUGAGCAUCUUGUGUGCCCAGGCCGCGCCCGCCGCGUAAACGCCAGCGCCAUCUGGUAACAGGCCCGGGAGGUGGUGCGCUUCAACGGGCUGGAGGACCGGGUGCACGUCCUGCCGGGCCUGGUGGAGACUGUGGAGUUGCCGGAGCAGGUGGCUGCCAUCGUGAGCGAACGGAUGGGCUACGGACUCCUGCACGAGUCCAUGCUGAGCUCUGCCCUCCACGCGCGAACCAAGUGGCUGAAGGAAGACCGUCCUCUCCUGCGGCCUCCGCGGAGCUCUUCAUAGCCCCUGUCAGCGACCAGAUGCUGGAGUGGCGCCUGGACUUCUGGAGCCGGGAGAAGUAGCACUGUGGUGUAGACAUGAGCUGCCUCCUGGGCCUCUCGGGGAUCAUGGUGCAGGGACUCUCCGGCGAGGAUUUGCCGGCCCGGCCGCCGCGUCCCGGCACGGGCCUGGCUCAGGAGCUGGAGGGCGGAGUGGGCAGGCGCCUCUGCUGCAGCUGCUGUGGCUCCGCUCCCAUGCACGGCUUUGCCAACUGGUUCCAGGUGACCUUCCCUGGAGGGGAGUCGGGAAAUCCCUGGUGCUGUCCACCUCGCCUUUUCACCUGGCCACGCACUGGAAACAGGCGCUCCUCCACCUGAACGAGCUGGUGCAAGUGGAGCAAGAAACGGACGUUUCAGGAGAGAUCACGCUGCUGCCUUCCCGGGACAACCCCCGUCGCCUGCGCGUGCUGCUUCGCUACAAAGUGGGAGACCAGGAGGAGAAGACCAAAGAUUUUGGCAUGGAGGAUUGAGCGUUGUCUUUUCUCCCAGCCACCUCCCAAGGCAGAGAAAGGGAGAUCCCACGUGCAAAUAGAAAAAAUAUGUGUCUCCCUUUUCCCUCAUAGCCUCUGGGGAGGGAGAGUGACUUCAUUCUCCUUUGAAAACAUUCUCCUGGUGAUGUUUAUUUAGAAAGUGAUCCCCUUCGACAAGCGAUACAGCGUGCUUAUUAAUGGGCUUUUAGGCCUCAAAAUCCUGUAGUACCAAGCACUUGUAUUUCCGUAUAUUUUGUCUCUCAGGAGUGGGAAAGGGGAAGAACACGGAUGAAAAUGUCAGUUUUUGGAAAGGUCCAUGCACAUCCCUGACACUUCACACCUUAUCUAAGUCUGAAGCUGGAGAGAAAGCGUUCAUUUAGACUUCAUCAAUUUCCAGUACGACUUUAGUAUCUCUCCAGAGCCUCGCCCAAGGGCUUACUCAUCACUAUGGGUAAGUUAUUUAAACUCACUGAAGGAAGAUAUUCUCCCAGCUAGAAAAAUGUACUCGUUCUCAUUUAAACGCUCUCAUUUGGAGGGAUUAUGUGAGUUGGCCUACUUAAAACUGUGAAAGUUCCCUUUUUUUGUUUUUGUUUUGUUUUGUUUUUUCUGUUUCACUCAGCCAAAUGUGAAAGUUGUGAGUUUAGGAAAAUCAGUUGUAAUAAAGCGUAAAUCAUAUUAUCAAAUUUAUUUUGCUGAUGUGUCCCUCCUUAUCCUUGUAGCAAAUAAAACACUGACAUUCUCACA